UCAUCAUAGCAUAAAAUUUUCAGCCGUCGUUCGGUCAGCAUCAAGUUCCCGGUCGGUCGUAAAAAACUUGACAAAAUUUUAACUUUUUGCAGUGGAAUUAGUCACUGAUUCAUAUUUUGUUACUCGGAAGUCUGUUUCGGUUAAAGAGUGGUUAAAAGUUGUUCAAUCUCGGUUCGGUAAAAUAUUUCCUAGCAAGGCGGUGUAGUAAAAAAGCGGCGCAGCCAAAAUGGUGGACAAAAUCGAAAUGAGCCUGGAUGAUAUCAUCAAGUCGCAAAAAUCUCAACGCGGCGGAGGUCGAGGUGGCCUGAAUAAAUCCGGUGGACCUCCCCGCGGAAAUGUAAACCGUAGCCGAAAUGGUGGCGGAGGAGGAUUCCGACAGAACCGCGGUGGCCCAAUGGGAGGUGGCGUUCUUAAAGGCCGGAACCGGGGCGGAAUUCAGCGAACGACGAAAUUCUCACGGGGUGACGUAAACAGCGCUUGGAAGCAUGACAUGUACGAGGGAGCCCGUAAAAACCGGCUGCUGGCCGCUGCGGGACUCGGCGGCGGUGUUGGCGGUGGACUUGGCAGCAGCAAGCUGAUGGUGUCGAACCUGGACUUUGGCGUGUCCGAAUCGGACAUCAACGAGCUUUUCGCCGACUUCGGACCGCUGAAGAGCGCCUCGGUACACUAUGACCGAUCGGGGAGAUCACUCGGCACAGCAGAUGUUGUAUUCGAACGACGAGCGGACGCCAUCAAGGCUAUGAAACAGUACAACGGCGUUCCUCUGGACGGGCGGCCCAUGAGCAUACAGCUGGCCACAUCGGAAAUUCCUGCCCCACGAGCGCCUCGCGUUCUGCCACGGUCUCCCAGACGACAAGGCGGCGGUGGUAGCAGUGGAGCCCCCAGAGGUGGAAACCAGGCCCGCCGCGGAGGAGGAGGUGGUGGUGGUGGCCCACGCCGCCAGCAACGCGAAACCAAAACAGCGGAAGAGCUGGACGCAGAAUUGGACGCUUACACUAAGGACAUGAAGUAAAACUAGAUGUCGCUAAUCAGUCAGUAGUGGCGGAUAUCAUUAAAGUAUGAUAGGACAGGAGAUUGCAGUGUGACCUCUUAAGAAAAUAAAACAAAAAAAAUAGUGGUUACUCAAUUCUACUAUAAGGACCUCAAGGUGCGUUUCGCCAAGAAAAAAAAAAAUGACGGCAAUGUCCAGCUGGUAGCUGCGUGAACGGUCAGUGUAAAUAAAUCAUUAAAAUGAUAACAGAACGAGGAGAAGUACAUUAAAUUAACAAGAUAAAUUAGUAUGCAGACACGAUCAUCGUUGAGCUUGCAGUCCCAGGACCGGUGGUAGACUCACGAUGAUCUCCAUAUGUAAGCGAUGCAGUUCAUUGGUUAAUCUAUUGAACGAUUGUUUGAUCUUAAACAAGUAGAAAAGUUCAUUCUUAUUACAACAUACUUUGUAAUUUGAACAAUUAGUAAAGUGUGUUCUCAAUGCUGAGAACUAACGGAAAUGCAAUGUUCCAAAAAGUGAGUAACGGUGUUACUUGUCAAAACACUAUUAGUAAUCUAAUUUAUUAUUAUUUCUCAUGUAACUCUGUGACAAACUCAACUGAUUCCAAUUACAGACGGAAUCAGUAUCACUAACAGCAGGUACUCACCAAUUGCAAAAAAUCGAAACCGUAAGAUCACACCAUUAGAUUCAGGAAAAUUUUACUACAUGAACUAUCAUUUCAUAACUUUUGUGCAGAUAUAACAGUACACAUUCGAUAAAAUCACUGAAAAUUUUGAAACGAUGAAACGUGGAAUACAUAUUCAAUCUGUGAAGCUAGCAGAAUGUUUUAGUUUGUAGUUGUUAAUUUAAGGAACUCACAAAGAUGGAAACUCAACAAAAAAAUAAAACAAAUUUCAUCUCAUA